CAGCGACUUGAGGAGAGGGGAGGCCCUCCGUACGGCGGCGCCGUCCUCCUGAGCGGUUCCUCGGGCAACGACGCUAGACAUUCUUCUCACAAGAAAAGGAAGAACAGAAGAUACUACUCAAGUCUUGCUGAGGAAAUUAAAGGAACUUCAAGAAGAUCCUCUCUGCCUGAAUUAAAAGACAGUAUUGAAUCUCUGCUUGUGUUGCUUAUAAAAAGUGAAGUUGCCAGUACCAAUAUUCCAGAAAGAAAACGACAGAGGAAUAACAAGGUUUUUGGUUGCUAGUUUUUUUUUUUUUUUCUUAUUUCACUUUGCCUGCUUAUUAGUCUACAGAGAUUACAAAAGAACAGGUUCUUUUUCUGUUUUUUUAGUAUUUUUGAAUAUGUUUUACACUCCAAAUAAACUUUUUAGACUAGAUAUAGAACUUCAUUAUGAUCAUUCUUGGAAAAACUAUAAUUUUUUUUAGUUUGCCUCCUAGUUUUUUCCAGAUACAAAGAUGUUUUCCUGUCACAGCUUAUUACUGUAACAAUAUUGCAGUAUUAUUUCUGGAUUUAAAAGAAAUACGGUGUUCGUGUCACUUCAUGAGAUACCACUGAGGAAUGUGGAGGAAGUUUUAUAUUUUAGCAUUGUGUAACUUAGUUUCGAUUUUGAAUCUUUAAACCACAGACACACCUAUAGAACCAGUUUUAUAUUGCAAAUCCAAAUGUAAAAGAUGUCUUGGAAGAGAAAUUAUUUUUCUGUGGGACAGGGUGGUGUGCAAGACAUGUUUACUCCACGAAAUACAACAUCUAUAGCACCAAGUAAAGGUCUCAUCAAUGAGCCAGGACAAAAUAGCUGCUUCUUGAAUAGUGCAUUACAGGUACUCUGGCAUCUUGAUAUUUUUCGACGCAGUUUUCGACAACUUACAACACACAAAUGCAUGGGAGAUUCCUGUAUAUUUUGUGCCCUCAAAGGUAUCUUUAACCAGUUCCAGUGCAGCAAUGACAAAGUGUUACCUUCUGAUGCUCUUCGUAGUGCUCUUGCAAAGACCUUUCAAGAUGAGCAGCGUUUCCAGCUGGGCAUUAUGGAUGAUGCUGCAGAAUGCUUUGAGAACCUCUUAAUGAGGAUUCAUUUCCACAUUGCAGAUGAAUCUAAAGAAGAUAUCUGCACUGCCCCACAUUGUAUUUCACAUCAGAAAUUUGCAAUGACCUUGUUCGAACAGUGUGUCUGUACCAGUUGUGGUGCUACUUCUGACCCAUUGCCCUUCAUCCAGAUGGUGCAUUAUAUUUCAACUACUUCACUCUGCAAUCAGGCCAUUUGCAUGCUGGAAAGACGAGACAAACCGACACCUGAUAUGUUUGGAGAGCUGCUACAAAAUGCCAGCACAAUGGGAGACAUGAGAAACUGUCCGAGCAAUUGUGGAGAAAAAAUUCGGAUACGCCGAGUAUUGAUGAACUCCCCACAGAUCAUCACCAUUGGACUGGUCUGGGACUCGGAUCACUCCGAUUUGGCGGAGGAUGUCAUUCAUAGCCUGGGCACUUGCCUUAAACUGGGUGAUCUGUUCUUCAGAGUAACUGACGACAGAGCAAAACAAUGUGAAUUGUAUUUGGUUGGAAUGAUCUGCUACUAUGGAAAACAUUACUCCACCUUUUUCUUUCAAACAAAGAUUCGUAUGUGGAUGUAUUUUGAUGAUGCACAUGUUAAAGAGAUAGGUCCUAAAUGGAAAGAUGUUGUUACUAAGUGCAUUAAGGGUCAUUACCAACCCUUGCUACUACUUUAUGCAGACCCAAGAGGAACUCCAGUAUCAACCCAGAAUCUCUCCACACAGGAUUUACCACAGUAUAGCAGAACCUAUUAUGAUAGUGAAGAUUCAGGACGUGAACCUUCUAUCUCAAGUGACACUAGAACAGAUUCUUCUACAGACAGCUAUCUGCAUAAACAUUCCCAUCAUGAAUCUAUGGUCAGCCAUUUUUCUUCUGAUUCUCAAGGAACUAUCAUUUAUAAUGUGGAAAAUGAUAUGGUUUCGCAAAGCAGCAGGGACACAGGUCACCUGACUGAUAGUGAAUGCAAUCAGAGACAUACUUCCAAAAAGAGUUCUCUGGCAGACCGUAAGAGAAAUAACAACAGAUCUAGAAAGAAGGGGGACGAAACACAGUCAUCUGGAUAUCACAGUGAAGGAGAGACACUGAAGGAGAAACAGGUCCCCAGAUCUGCUUCUAAAAUCUUGAAUGGUACCAGCAAACUAAGGGAAUUUAAAGAGACGGUUAGCAACAUGAUCCACAACAGGCCUUCACAGACACAUCAGGGAUCCCCUCGUGGGAAGAACCAGACUGAAAUCCAGUCACUACCCAGAACUUUGACCAUUCAGUCUCAAGACUGGGAAAUAGACAGCAACAGUAGUGAAUCAAAGUCAAGUUCUUCUAGCAAGUACCGCCCACCUUGGAGACCCAAACGAGAGCCGCUAAAUAUAGACAGCAUCUUCAGUAAAGAAAAGAGAAAACAAGGUGGCUACACCCAACUCAGCCCCUUUGCAGAAGAUGCAGCCAAAGAAUUUAUAAAAGAUGAACUGAAGGAGCCAACAUGUGAAACAAGAUCAAGGCGGUCCAACAGGUAUAAGCACUGGACUUUAGGGCGUGGUGCACAUCAAAGGAUGGAUCAACAUCCUCGUCUGAUUCAAAGGAUGGAAUCUGGUUAUGAAAGCAGUGAUCGCAAUAGCAACAGUCCAGUCAGUCUGGAUAUGCCUUUGUCAGAGAGCUCAAAUACCUCUAGGGAUUAUCAUAUCAAACGAACUGGAGAUGUUAUUCCUGCCUGGCAUAAUAUUCCAAAAUCACAUAGCAGUAGCAUCUUGGAAGUAGAGUCUGACUCGUCUAAAACCUGCAGGAUAAAAAAUAAAUACUCCUUUGGUAAUGGUGGGGAGAUACUUGUUUCUUCCAAGAGUGAAUUAGAUGAAUUACAAGAAGAAGUAGCAAGAAGGGUCCAGGAGCAAGACUUCCAGAGGAAGCAGGAAAAGGAACUAGAGGCAGCCUUGGGCUUUAAUCCCCACCCAAGCAGAUUCAUGGAUCUGGAUGAACUGCAAAAUCAAGGGAGGACUGGUGGCUUUGAGAGGCCUAUGCAAGAGGCAGAUUCAGUCUUUCAAGAGUCACUGCAUCAAGAGCAGAAAGGAGAUUGUGCUGCAGCUUUGGCUCUCUGCAAUGAAGCUAUAUCUAAACUAAGACUUGCCAUGCAUGACGCCAGCUCUAGCACUCAGAGCAGAGCCCUAAUCGAUAAGAAGCUGCAAAUCUAUGUCCGAAAAGAGCGGAGCCUUCAAGAUCGCAUGCAGCAACAGCAACCUGUACAACCGCCACCCACCUGCCACCCACCACCGGGCGGCAACAUGACCCAAUCUACAAGUAAGCAGACUAUCCCACUCCAAGUACUGCUGAAACAGAAGAGAGUGCUGGAACCCAGCAAAGAAGCAGCACCUGGGCCAAGAGCCCACGUCCAUCCACUUGCUUCCCAUCCUGAAAAGAAAUCAUCACAUUCCAUGCCCAUAUUUCAACCCCUUCUUGAGAACAGCCUGCACUUUCAAGCUGCGUCUGUUUCGUUCAGUGAUCAAGCUACUACUUUUCCUUUUAGACAACCCGGUAGUGACCAAUCCAUUCAGACUAAGAAUGAAAUCGAUGGUGAUGUGAAACUUGCUUCUCCUAGCACUUUAAAAGAUUACGAAGAUCACAACAGUAACGUUAAGGUCAAGAACCUACAUAAUGCAGCAUCUCCUCUCAUCCCCUACUGCAAAAUGAAUUUAACUAUAACAAACUCUGAAUCAUUACCUACACUCUUCUCUUCUUCACCAACAUCAGAAACUCCACCUGGCAAAAAAGGCCUACGUAAUCCACUUUUCAAUUCAGGGAGCAUUUCAGAAUGGCCUAGUGCUGCUCCACCUAGGGACUAUCAUGGUGCAAUAUUGCCUUCUCUUCCCCCUCUGCCUCAUGGUGCUCCAGAAGAAUUACAGACGACUGGGCAACUUGAGGUAAACAGCGAUGAGAGUUUACAUCAUCCACAAGAACACGUCAGUGGGGAUUCUUUGAAAUCCGAAGUUGUAAGUAGCAAAAGGCAUGUUCUUUCCAUUGCAGAACAGUUUCAGUGGUUGGAAGGAAAUUUCCCAAGACUAGAUACUUAUGAGGAAAAAAGGAAGGCAACUACCUGUCAUGAUCAAAAUGCUCCAAAGUUACAGCAGGAAUCCCACAGCAGUCAUUUUUACCUCAAGCUGUCAGAUGUUGGAAGACAGGAGAAUGGAAUGGCACCUGCUGAAACGUUGGACUCAAGUCUUUCCAAAAUUGAGUUGAGUUCUGAAGAUUGUUUUAGUGCUUCCAACAUCAUUUCUGAGAGUUCUGAUUCACAUAUAAAAGUCCUCUGUAACAAAGGGAAACAAUGUACCUUGAAUCCCAAGUUAUAUCCAAGAAAAUGCAGCUGUGAGGAAAAAACAAAAUACACCAAUUACAGAAAUUCUGCUGGCCUGAUUACAUCUGUGCCUGUAGAGAGCUGCACAGACCAUGUUACCAAUUUUAGCACAGCAGUAACUCAGCAUAAGAAUGCCAGUUGGCUUUUGAUACCUGGAAACAAAUCACCUGUGAUCAGUCAAAGAGCUUUUGGGGACUACCCAGUGCAGAAUCAGGAAACGGUGCAGGAGGUUUCUGAUCUGGAAUCUCUGUACCAGGCGAGCAUGCAAGUACCUCUAAUGGGAAACCUGGACAAUUCCAAGCUGGCACUGAACAAAACAGCAAACUUGCCUGCAAAAAAACCAUAUAGGGGUCUGUCAAGAACAGCAGAACCUGAAAACAACAUCUGUGGAAAUAUUGGUUCUCCAGAUCCUAAGACACAUGAAGUGUCCAGCGAGAGGAAACUGUCAGUGGAAGCCAGGUCCUAUUCUUCCAGCACUACUUCCCUUUCCUUCCCUCCCAAUUUGCCUCCUGUGCUCCCCUUCUAUCCCCAGCACUCUUCAUCUGAACUGCAGCACUUCUCCCAUGAUGCUCCAGUGACUAGUAUGGUGGGCAAGAUGCAUAGACAAUCAGGAAAUUGGAAGAAUAUCCAAAAGUGUCUAACUGUGCCAGACAGGAAUGCAGCUUUCCACACAGAAGAUAAAUCAUGCCUGCCACUGAAUUAUGGGAACGCCAUUUUCAAACAGAACCGGUCCUCUCAAGGGCAAACACCUUUUAAUAUAUCUUUAGACAGUGGAACAUCAAAUGCUUCUAACCACUGGCUACAGAGAAGUCAUGCUGGCCAAGAGCUAGCAACAGCAUCAGAUAGCGAAGCAGCGCAUGGGGAAUCUCCCACCCAGAUGAGUGAGGACUCACAAGAGCCUCUGCCCCAAUGGCCAUUCCCUCAGGAAAAGGACAAGGCUGGUGCUCUUGGCUGGAGGAAGUCUCCUGGCAGGGGUUAUGGGACAGUCUCACAUGGGACUUUAGGACACAAAGGCUUUCAGAGUGGCUUCCUGGUUUCUCAGCAAGCCAAGGCCCGAAGCCCAAAACGUGUUGAUAUGCCCCCAGAUGAAGACUGGCGACAGCACACCUUUGCUCCACAGCCUGCCACAAGAAGCUUCUUCGUCCACUCUGGAAAUGCCCUGUAAAACCCUGGCUUGUGCAGCAGUUGCCUCCAUGCACAGCCAUGACUGGUGAGAUGGCACCCUUCUGUUGGGCUGUUCCUUUUGAAAGAGGCUCUUGUCUGAACUGAAGAUACUGAAAUGCAAUUGAUAUAAGAUAGCAAGAUUUUUUUUCCAACCAGUUGUUGCUAGUUUUGUCUUUGAAAUAGUUAUAUCGUUGCCGAAAACUAACUGCACUUUAUUUCUUUGUAUGUACUGCUGUUUUAUAAGAACCUUGUCAGCAAUUCCAUUCCUAACCUUUUGCUAUAGAAAUGGUUUAAGGCUCAUUUGCAGUAGAAGAGAGGGCAAGAUUUGCAUUUGGACUAAAAUUAAAUCCUCUGAUGUUUCUAUAGGCUGUAUUUGGUGAAUUUAUGUAUCAUGUUAAGUAGCACUAGAAAGCCUAUGUGCCAACUUCCAAUUCAGUGUUAUGUUCUUCUGCUUCAUUAUAUGCUGGGGGGAGAGGGGGGAGAUUUCAGACCUUUCUACAUGUUCAUAAUUUAAUAAGAUAUAGGCACAGAUAACUCCUAUAGGGGCUAGAGAGGGAGUGGUGAGAAGAUAUGGCGCUAGCCCAUUUCUCAUUUUUUUCAAAGUAGACUACUAGGAUUUGAAGUAGCACGUUUAAUAAACACAGAAUCACUGUAACUAUUUUAGGCUCUGACAUACUUGCCUUUGUAAGUUUUUUCAAAGAAAUAAAUGAAAUAGUUAUGUUUAUUGAAUUAUUAUUAAUUGCUUUCUUAUUUUCAGAAAUGUGUUUCCCAAAUUCUUUCACUGUUCAUUUUUUCUCGUUUGUGAUAUUAAAUAUUUUAUGUGUGUUU